CAUCAAAUUAACGUUUCCAUUUUGUUUACGAAAAACAAAUUCAAGAAUUUAUAUAUUUUACAAUAUUAAUUACUACAGAAUGUAUAUUGACAAUAUUGUAUAAUAUUAAUAAAUAUUUUUCAUAGAUAGAUGUAUAAUAACUUACAAAUUAACUAAAUAACAAUCAUUUUUAAAUUUACUUCACCAUUUCUUAAAUUUUUUAAUGCAAAAACUGUUGUAAUGACAAACUAAGAUAAUUUAAUUGAAGGUUCAUGGAAUUUUUAUUCAUUUAUUUUAUGCAUUUAUCUAUAAUAUAAUAUUUGAAGUUAUAAUGUUUAUUGAAUUAAGAAUUUAAAAUAUUUAUUUUACUUAUAUGAAGACUAAUAAUUUUAUAUAAUCAUGAAAUUUAAUCAAAUACAAAUUUUAAUAAAACGAUAUCAAAUAUUAUAUUAUAACACACGUUACUGCCUUUUCGGCAUGGAGUCUUCAUCCGAGUUUACGGAAAUAAGGGAAGGGAAAGCAAAAAUUCGGGUCCCUAGCUCUAGCAAAGUGUUUUAUAAUCCUGUGCAAGAGUUCAAUAGAGAUUUAAGUAUUGCUGUUCUUUCAGUAUUUUCUGAAAUCCAUCAUAGUGAAAAACUAAAAACCAGAAAAAGACAAAGAUCCCCGGAUGAGAAUAAUACAAAAGAAAUUGAACCUGUGAAACUAGAAAUUGGAACACAAACUGAAUCAGGUUUAGAAAUAUUGGAAGCAUUAGCGGCAACUGGUUUACGAGCUAUUAGAUAUGCUCUUGAAGUUCCAGGAGUUAAACAAAUAUAUGCUAACGAUAUAUCAAAAACAGCCGUACAAAUAAUGAAUCAAAAUAUUGAAGAAAAUAAUGUUAAAAAUUUAGUUACAUCUACUCUUUAUGAUGCUGCACAUGUUAUGAGAAAAAGGCAAUUUGAAUCUGAAACUAAAUUUGAUGUUGUUGAUUUAGAUCCUUAUGGAUGCCCAACAAAUUUAUUAGAUCCAGCUGUAUGUAGCCUUGCUGACAAUGGAUUGCUCUUAGUCACUUGCACUGAUAUGGCUGUCUUAGCUGGUAAUACACCAGAAUCGUGUUAUGCCAAAUAUGGUUCAAUAUCAUUAAGAUCUCCAGCUUGUCAUGAAAUGGCAUUAAGAAUUGUUUUGCAUACAAUUACAAAUGUGUGUACUCGAUAUGGUCGUUAUAUGGAGCCAUUAUUAUCAAUAAGUGCUGAUUUUUAUAUAAGGGUAUUUGUAGUUAUACGUACUAGUCCUUUUAUGUGUAAAUCAAUGUCUAGCAAAAUGUCAACAGUGUAUAAGUGUAGAGGAUGUAAUAUGACAACUUUGUUGCCAUUGGGUUCUGCUAAAUCAGACUCAAAAAAUAUGAAAUUUAAUCUUUUGUCUGGUCCACCAGUUGACAAAAAAUGUGAACAUUGUGGAUUUCCUCAUUUAGUGGGAGGGCCUAUAUGGACAGGUCCUUUGUAUAACACUGAAUUUCUCAGUAAAUUGUGCAAUUACAUAAAAACUGAAGAAGCUGAAAAAAAAUUUAAUACUGUUAGGCGAAUGAGAGGAAUGCUGGGUAUGAUGCAAGAAGAAUUACAGGAUAUUCCCCUGUACUAUACAGUACCAUCACUUACCAACACUGUUCAUUGUGAAGCAAUGCCAUUGAGAUAUUUUUUUUCUGCAUUAGUGGGUGCUGGAUACCGUGUGUCUUCAUCCCAUUGUGCACAAAAUAGUGUUAAAACUGACGCACCUCAAUCAGUUGUUUGGGAUGUCAUCAGAACUUGGGUUCAAACACAUCCUGUAUCUGAAAAACGAUUACAAGACUCUGUUGCAGCUAGAUCAAUUUUGUCUAAACAACCUACAACUGAAAUAAUUUUUGAUAAAAAAUAUAAUACGAUACCAAAAUCAUUGCAGGGAUUAGUACGUUAUCAACAGAAUCCUGCACCAUACUGGGGACCAGGAACUAAAGGAAAUUCAAAACAGAAAGUUAUCUUAAGUGCUACAGAAGUCGAAUGUGAAACGGAUAUCAAAUGUUCUAAGUAGUUAAAUUUUGUAUGCAUCCUGAAUAAUUGUUUGUUAUAACAGAUUAUUUUUAUAAUAUAAACUCUUCUAGUUAAUAGGUACUGCGUUAAUUUAUGGAAUUUAAAUUUACAUUGACGCUAUUGUUUUAACCUUCAGUAGGUCGUGCGGGUUAUAGGUAUCUAUUCCGUCGCACGGUGUAAAAAUUUCCCUUGAUUAAACAUAAUUUAUUUUUCUUUUACAUUUAUUUCUUUUAAAUUUAAUAUUUUCGUAAGUAUAUAGUAAAAAAAGAAUACUAAAUGUAAUUAAUACUUUUAAUUUUACAUUUGUUUUAUUUUUUAAUUUAUUAGACAAAAAAAUGAUAUAUUAUUUUAAACUAACUAAAAAAUUAUUAACAUUAUUUUUAUAAUAUAUAACAUAAGUAGAAGCUAGAUAAAAUACCACCACACUUAUUCCAACCUAAAUAUUAUUAAAUUAGUGAGGUAAUAAAUUACCCCGCGCAGCCUACUGAAGGUUAAAAUAUCCAUCACCGGUCAUUAGUGAUUAAUGAUUGUGUUAUAUGUAUGAAUUGCUAUUUUACUGAACCAAUAUUAUUAAAUAUUACAAAUCAAAUAAAUUACUUUUAUUAAAAAAAUCCUGUUUUGCGGUUUAGUUGCUUAAAUUAUUUCUGUGUUAUGAUUAUGUUUAUCGUUUAUGAGAUUGAAUUUAAAAUGGAUGUUUUAAAGCAAAACAAUUAAAAUAUCUAUGAUACCAAAAAAAACAACUGCCUGAAACUGCUUUAAUCCUACCCAUCUUUAAUAUGGACCACAACUCACAAUUCACAACCGUGCAAUUUUUAUUCUUUUCCUGUAAAAAAUAUUUGUAUGUAUAUUACAUAUUAUAUAAUACAACAAAUAAAAAACCCAUGAUCACUACUCUCAGAAUUUUACGAUUAUCCAACUGUUUUGUUAGGGUUUAAUCUGUAUUCUACAUACAUUUAUAUUGUAUAUAGGCUAUAUCCGUAAAUACACACUACAUUAUGUGA